UCGGUCAGGUGAGCACUCGCACAUUAAGCCACAAAAGCAGGCGGCAGCAUGCGCCAUUCGGGGGCAUCCACAUCCACUGAGUUCUCCGGCCACGCGACCCACGGAAUGGAGCAACUGCAGCCGGGAGACGCGUGCCUGGAGUGCCAGAGCCUGGGCAGGAAUCACAAGCUGCGCUUCUUCUAUAUAAAUCUCGAGGAGCAGCUCCUGAAGUGCGAGUCGAGGAGCUGUCUGUGGCCGCACAACGACGAGGUCUCUUCGGAUGAGGAGCAGGACUUGGUUCCCUCCAAUUCUCUAUCUGUCCAAGAAUCUGUCAAUCUUUCUCCGCGUGAAAGUGCUCCAUCGCCUGAGCCUUCUCCAGAUAAUGACGAUGAAUUCAUACUGGAAUUGCUGCAGCAACUGGCUCCGGCCACAGAUCCUCCUGAAUUUAGUUUGAAUCUCUCUCCUGAGCCUCUAGAAGUAAAGCCCUGCCCGGAAAUGGAGCUACCGGACUUGAGCUUCCUAGAGGAAGACAUUCCCAAACAGAGGGAACCCUCAAAAGCUGUGAUAAGCAAGCAGGAAGUAACCAAACUAAAGACUCCUCCCAAGCUAAAAACUAAGCAGGAAGUGGCUCCGUUGAAGAUUCCCUCGAUUCCUAGUUGGCAGGGAAAAAUAGAAAUUCCCCUACUGCCCGCCAGUGUACAGACUCCUCCCAAAAUGAAGCCCAAGGGAGAUCCGUUCAGCACUCCGCCCAAGAAGGCCUCCACUCAGCCGCAAACGCAGCCGGAAGCACCGGCGGCCGCCGUCAAUAUAAUUAUCAGUUAUCCCGAGCUAAAUCCGGCCAUGCCCUUCCUCGACGCCAUCAAGCGCCAUUCCACAGAGCCAAAACCCGCCGCUCGUGGCGGAGCAAGACGCACUAAGCGGCUGGCCAAAGAAACCACCGGCAGGGGAAUUCGCACCCAGGCUGUGAGGCACUUGAUCGAGCACCUGGAAAUCACCACGGAGGCGAAACUCUCGUCACCUCGGCCAUAAUCAGCUGGCAUUUUACCUAAAUCGAGUAUUUGAAAUAAAUUUGCAUAUCAAAUUAUGCAUUCGCACCACCGGACAAGAAA